ACGGUUCACGCAAACAUUUUUAUUCCGGAGGUGUGGAUCGAGAAGCACCGUGAAUUGGUGAAACCUGUGUACUUCGUCUUCUUCCUCGCCGCUUCCUCCGAGGAAUCGAUCGCCCUAGCGAGAGAGCUCGUCAAUGGCGGAUUACCACUUCGUGUACAAGGACGUGGAGGGCGCGAGCACGCAGUGGGACGAUAUCCAGCGCCGCCUCGGCAACCUGCCCCCCAAACCCGCGCCCUUCAAGCCCCCUCCCUUCGUCCCCGCUGACGAUCCCGAUCUCCGCCCCAAAUCCAAGGAUUGGAUCGACGAGCGCUCCCCCGAGGAGCUCGAGGACCUCGAGGACGACCUCGACGACGAUCGCUUCCUCCAAGAGUACAGGAAGAAGAGGCUCGCGGAGUUGCGGGAGACGGCGAGGGUGGCGCGGUUCGGAUCGGUGGUGCCGAUCUCCGGAUCGGAUUUCGUGCGGGAGGUGUCGCAGGCGCCGCCCGAUGUAUGGGUCGUCGUGUUUCUCUACAAGGAUGGAAUACCAGAAUGUGGGCUACUUCUACGUUGCCUGGAAGAACUGGCUACCAGAUAUCCAGAAACCAAAUUUGUUAAAAUAAUCUCUACUGACUGCAUUCCAAACUAUCCGGACCGUAACCUGCCAACUAUAUUGGUUUACAAUAAUGGUGCUGUAAAAGGAACAUUUGUGGGGUUGCAUCAGUUUGGUGCAAGGAGAUGCACACCUGAAUCUGUCGCUUUAGCUCUUUGCCGGUCGGAUCCUGUGCUUAAUGAUGGCCAAAGUGGGAAUGAUUCGUCAAGGGAGACCGUUAUUGAAGGUGUUCGUAAGAAGUUCAUCGAGAAAGUUGUGACGCAGCAUGAAGAGGAGGAUGAAUACUCCAGUGACGAUUAGAUCGUGUCCUUGUGUUCCUCUUUGUGUUAUUUAUUCAUGAAAAAGCCAUAUAUCACGUUGGUGGGGAAUGUUCUUGUAUGUUUUCUGAAGAUUUUAUACUCUCUCUUUUUUUUUUCUUUUUUUUUGGUUGUAUUUCCAGCCUUGUGACUAGAAGCUUGUUUCCAGCGGAAACGAUAUGAGCGGAUCUUACAUUUUGGGGGCGCGUAAAGUACAGAAAAAAGUGGCUAAAUUUAACACUAUUUGUAGUUUGGCCCCUGCGGGGCAAAAAAGUAUUUUUGACGUGCCAAGUAUUUAGACAGUUAAUUAGCACUCGUGCCAAAUUUCGUGCAUCUGCAUGACUGCUGUUUCUAGUAUUUCUGUUCCGUAGAGAUAUUAAAUUCAAUUUGUUCU